AUGGACAACAACUCUCUGUCGAAGCUCAUGGAGCGCGACUCUUUGGUUCGCGACUCUAUCCCAGAGCCCCGCUUUUUCGUAGAGGGCAACUCUAAUGACGCCUACAUCUCUCCGUACUCUGCGGCAUUCUCCUAUCCGGAGCUGGAUGAUGGCGAGUACGUUCCGUACCCUCAUCCUGGCCCUGAGUACGACUACCCGAACCCUUCGUCCUACGCGGAAGAGGCUAGCGGCAGCUAUACACCAUACUCAUCUCAACUUGUCGAAGAACCGAGUGGCUCUGAGCCAGGUUAUUCCAUCCAACGUCGUCAAGAACAUACCAGCAGCGGUAAUGAAGCCGUCAUGAAUGAAGGCGAUGCGGUCUUCCCUGCCGUCUCUGAAUCGACUCCUGCCUACCGAUACGUAGCCUACGUCCCGACCUUGCCUCGCGCGAAGAGGACUCCCAAAGGCACCCCAAAGACUCGAGCUCACCCUUAUUACGGUCUUAUUCAAGCUUACGUAACUCGAUCUGAGAUGGAAGUAAUUCGAAAACACUACGACCAUAUUCCCCUACCAUGCCUUCAAAAUAUUGGUGAGGACGUUACGACAGCUGUUCGAUUGACCUUGAACGAGUUUAAAAACUUGCAAGUCUUUCGCCGUUACAAGAACGGUCUGGUUCCUACCUCCCAAUUUGUGACCGACCCUGAGAUGAUCCAAAUCGCUCAGAAGGCACAAGACCGUCACGAGAAGUCUAUGGCAAAGCACGUUGUUAAAGCUACGAAGCGAAACAUCGAUGAGGUCUACAACGAGAUCAAGGGUCAUCAACUCGCUUGA